ACUCUAUGGCUUCUACUUAUAUGUCCAUCGAUAUCACUGGCUCAACAGAGAAUAGAAGAUGAAACAGCAAAUCUACUACUUGAUUCUGCUGAACAAAUCAUGCUGACAUUCAAUGGCUCAGUCUUCAUGCCCUCUGCAUUUGCACUAAUUGGGAUUCCUGGUCUGGAGUCAGUGCAGUGUUGGAUUGGGAUUCCCUUCUCUGCCAUGUACCUCAUUGGUGUGCUUGGAAAUUCUCUAAUUUUAGUUAUAAUCAAAUAUGAAAGCAGUCUCCAUAUACCUAUGUACAUUUUUUUGGCCAUGUUGGCAGCAACAGACAUUGCACUUAGCACAUGUAUUCUUCCCAAAAUGUUAGGCAUCUUCUGGUUUCAUUUGCCAGAGAUAUCUUUUGAUGCCUGUCUUCUGCAAAUGUGGCUCAUUCACUCAUUCCAGGCAAUUGAAUCAGGUAUCCUUCUGGCAAUGGCCCUAGAUCGCUAUGUGGCCAUUUGUAACCCCUUGAGACAUGCCACCAUCUUUUCCCAGCAGUUCUUAACUCAUAUUGGACUUGGGGUGACACUCAGGGCUGCCAUUCUUAUAAUACCUUCCAUAGGGCUCAUCAAAUGCUGUCUUAAAUACUACCGAACUACAGUCAUCUCUCACUCUUAUUGUGAGCACAUGGCCAUUGUGAAGCUGGCUGCUGAAGACAUCCGAGUCAACAAGAUAUAUGGUCUAUUUGUUGCUUUUGCAAUCCUAGGGUUUGACAUAAUCUUUAUCACCUUGUCCUAUGUCCAAAUUUUUAUCACUGUCUUUCAACUGCCCCAGAAGGAGGCACGAUUCAAAGCCUUCAGUACAUGCAUUGCCCACAUUUGUGUCUUCCUACAGUUCUACCUUCUUGCCUUCUUCUCUUUCUUUACACACAGGUUUGGUUCACACAUACCACCAUAUGUUCAUAUCCUCUUGUCAAAUCUUUACCUGUUAGUCCCACCUUUUCUCAACCCUAUUGUUUAUGGAGUGAAGACCAAGCAAAUUCGUGACCAUGUUCUGAGGGUGUUUUUCUUCAAAAAAGUAACUUGAUCAUUAGUGACUCUUACAGAGAUUCAGGAGUCGUUCUAAGUAAAAACCUAAAUGUAGUGAAAGUCACAGAUAAGAUUCUCAAACCACUAGCUCAACACAUACCUGUAAUUCUAGCUAUGCCUCACUUUUUAAUAUUUGCUUUGAAUCUAUAUUUUGAUAAAUUUGGAAUCAUUUAUCUACUUUUUCUGGAGUGCUUAUCAAUAUAAAAAAUAUAAAAUCACUAAUACCAAUAACUGCAACAUAAAACUUAUGUAAUGCAACCAAUGACCAUAAACACUGAGCAACUUACACAGGAGAAAAUGCAAAAAAAUUGAAAAAUAUUAGGAAUAUUCACAAAUAUUACUUUUAGGAAAAUAAAAUCAGUGAUCUGGACUUACAUAUCAAAUGUCCUUCUGGAACCACACAAUUUUAAAGAUUUUUACCUAAUUUGAGUUUUACUCAAAUUUGUAAGUUUGUUUUGUAAUUGAACAUACAGACACAUUCUGUUACCCACUGAAAGCAUCUUGAGUACAAAAACUGUAUCUUAUUACCCUUUAUCAGCAAUACAGAGGACAAUCCUUGAUAUUUCUUAAAAUAUAAGUAAAAAUGACAUUGAAUAAUGAACAAAAUAAACAUUUUAUUUGUGUCAAUUAAUGGUAUUCAAAAGCAACACAUUUGGAGGAUGUAAGGUAAUAUUCAAUCUUACCCUAUAGAAAACCUGCAUGCUAGAGAUUUUAUUCCAAUAUUAUCAGGGUAAAAUAAAGGUGAAGACUUGAAAUAAUCAUUAUGCAAACUUGAAAUAAUGUAUUAACUAAACACAGAACUGGCACAUAAGAAACUGCCUCCUGAAUAAGGCUUUAAUAAAGACUGAGAACCAAACAAAUGAUUUUUAUUUUUUUUAAGACUCAAGUUGACAGAGUCAUCUGAAUCACUAAGUUUGAAAAGAUGCAUGGUCAAAGAAAGAAAAUACAGUAAAACAUUCUGAUGUAAAAAAUCGUAUCAUUCAAGAGGCAAACAGAUGCAUAUAAUUUUGAGGAAAAUCUUUUCAAUAAUGUAGAAAUAACUGAGUGAUAAUGUUUGUUUUUUAAAUAAAGUUUAUGUAAACAUUAACAAUACUUAGAAAAAAUAAAAAAUACAAUGACAAAAGGUAAAACAACAUGUUAGCUGAUAGGCAGAAAUAUUAAAAAUUGUUGAAUUAGAUAAGCAAAGAUUAAUAAUUAAUCAUUUUAAUUCCACAUUAGAGCAUUAAGUAUUUCAUUAGUUGUGGCAUCAAUAAUGCAGAAUGUAUAAUGAAUGAGGAGUCAUUCUCCCAAAAGAAAAAAAAUUCACAAAUUUAUGAAUUCUUUAAGAAAAAUUAGUAUACAUGAAGGAUAAAGAAUGAAGAUAGUAUGUGAUAUUCCUAAAUCGGAAACCAAAACAAACAGAAUAUGAUGAUAACUAUAGAUUAAUCAUAGUGAAUGAAAAAAAUGCAUUUCAAAGUAUCUGGUAUAAAAAUGCACCAAAUUAUUUAAAUGAAAAGAGACAAAACACCUAUAUUGGAAAAAAUCAACUGAAAAGAAAAAUUCAACAUAGGUCUAUCAGAAAAAAAACGCAUUGUAUGUCCUAAUGAAUACAUGGUUUUAUUCAUUCUCCGGAGUAUGAGGAAAAGCCAACAGUAACGGUCUUUAAAAUGCACAUCACAUAAAGGAAAAAAUUAAAUGAAUUUAUGUCAUAAUUAGACUGGAUUGGCAUUUCAAGCCAUUUAAACCUGUAAUUAAUAAAAAGGACAAUUAUUACAGCUCAUAAUAAUAUUACUAGUUUUUAUAACAAUGUUGACCCUGUCCAGUGUUAUCUGCUUAAGAAACCCCAGCCAGUCUGCUGAAGUGUUCUCCACAUGGAGUACAGCACCUGGUCCGCUGAUUUCAGAUAGGUCCCAGUCAGCACGCAGAUCUCUGUGGCUUCUUAGUUACCUUUGGUCUUCUUUCCAGGUCAAAUUUGUUCCAUGCUGAAGAUCUGGGUUCAUAUUACCUUUUUUAAGGUAUAAAAGAGACUUGGCCUUAAAACAAAGUUGUGCACAUAGUUUCUGAGAAUCUGCACCA